AUGGCUGCCCCUAUGGACCAGAGAGUCAACGUUCCUAUAGAUGAUCCACAUGCCGACACAGAAUGGAAUGAUAUUCUACGAGCGAAGGGGAUAAUUCCCGAGAGAACUCCUUCCCCUACACCCUUCAUCGAAGAAGCCAUUCUCGAAGGACGCCGUCUUGCGCACGAAAAUCGACUCGAAGGCAAAGACCUUGACGAACUUGAUGCUCUCGAAGAUGAAGAAGAUGAUGUAUUCCUUGAACAAUAUAAAAAACAACGGAUGGCAGAAUUAUCAUCUAUAACGAAGAAGGCCAAACACGGCGCAGUAUAUCCUUUAUCGAAGCCUGAUUACCAGAGGGAGGUUACAGAUGCUAGUCAAAACUCGCCAGUAUUGGUUAAUCUCAUAAGUGGAUUGGGAACGAAUGUGGAGAGUAGGGUUUUGAUCGAGCUGUGGAGAAGAGCAGCUGCUGAGUUUGGGGAAGUGAAGUUUUGCGAGAUGAGGGGUGAUAUGGCAAUUGAGGGAUAUCCGGAAAAGAAUUGUCCUACAAUACUGGUGUACAACAAAGGGGAUAUCGUGAAACAAGUGGUUACACUGAUGACUAUGGGAGGCGUGCGGAUAGGAAUGGCGGAGAUUGAUAAGCUGUUGAUCGAAAUCGGGGCUAUCAGAGACAAUGAUAUGAGAGUUACAAAGAGGAGGCGUGAUGCAGAGGAUGAAGAAGAAGAGCGCCGAGAGAAGGGUGGCAUUCGAGAUUCGAAGUUAGCCAAUGUAGAGAGUGACGACGAAGAUGACUGGCAAUAG